AAUCUGACCAUGGAAGUUCUUGCAUCCACACGAGCCAGCGUGUGUUGGCGACAUGUGUCGACAACAACCCACAGAGCCUCUGUGACCCUCUGGUGGCGUACCUGGUUUCACAGGAUGGAGAGAGUAGAAGUCACGCAGGAGGGAUUGAUCGAGAAUACAAGAGCUAGAGACCCAUGAGCAUUCUUCAAGACCGUAGCCCUCACAGUUGACCAGAUACUGAACACCCCUACCUCGCCUUCUGUAGUCUAAGAUUACCUUCACAGUGUAUGCUGGGUGACCAGCUAUCAUGCGCGGAAGAGGAGGAGCUGUUGACCGAGGGUACAGCAAACCUCCCCAGCGCUGUUGAUCCUGGUGAUCUUGAAGGGCUCCUUGAACCUGGGAGAACGCUUCCAGGAGGAGCCGGUAAAUGUUCCGGCCAGUCAUCUGUAGUAUCCCGCCACCCUCUUGGCCGAUAUGCUACUGGAUGGAUGGGAUAGAGAUCUCCGACUCCUGAGAAGGGAAGGGAGGCGGCUCAUAACCGUAGGCAACUUUAAAAGGAGACAUACGUGUGGUCUAGGAGGAGGAGUGCUAACAUGGCUGCUGCAGCGCGAGGGCCUACGAUUGGCCGGCCGUUGGAAUUUGCCAAAGAAGAGCAGAGGGCGGUUCACUCCUGGUCCAGGAUUGCGUCUGCUGGUCACAAUGUCGUCCUGGAUGCUCUGAAGAUCCUCAGCCCCAUGUCACGAGACCUCUCAAGCACCGAAGAAUUAGUCACCUUCUUGCAAGAGCUGAGCGAGGAGGGCCACAAGCCCACUGUGCUGCGGAGCAAGGAUGUGUACGGCUACCGCUCCUCCACUAACCAGCUUCUGACUGAAGACAUGCUUAAGCAACCCAACCGGAUUGUCAGACCUACAGCCAAAAAGAGGCGAAGGGUUAGAGUCAAGAAAAGAGAGGUUCACCCUUCAUGGAACAUCUUUGAAAGACGUAACCCCCGAAUCCAGGGGAUUCCGCCCCCUGAGCUACUGACGGACCAUCGUGCUGUUGUCUACAACAGGCCGCCUGUUCGGAUGUCAGAGAUUUCAGAGCCGCCCCCCAUGCAGUCGUGCCUCAGACUAACUAAUAUCAAAGGUCUGUCUGGUUGUCACACGGCUAGGCUCCAGAUCCAAACCACAUGGGACUUACCCUGUAAGACACCCCCGGUUGUCUUUUUGCAGAAGCAGCCCCCUCCAGCACUUUCAGGAAUACCUUUGCAGCCUUCCCAGAAUGGUGGUGGGGCCUCCACUCGAGCCGUGGCCUUGUUCAGCCAGAAGAACCUGUCCUGCCCCGUCCGCCUGGACGGCGCCCUCAUCGGAGAUUCUGCGCCAGUGUUCUAUGCUAACGGCCGAGCUUUCCCACACACACAUACAGAGCUGAGCAGCAACGGCUGGAGGGGCAUUGGCCUCCACCAAAAUGGACUGGGCCCAAAAGAACUGACGAACCCCACCCGGCAAAGAAACCGCUGGAAAGAUAAGCGACGUUUACGAUCUAAAGUCAUAAAGGUGGAUGACUCUCGCUCAGUGGAUGAAGCCCGAUGGAAAGCUCAAAACAUUUUACAGGUGAACCUGUCUCCAGUCAUCCAGAUCCAUCCUCUCAACCAUGUUCUCAGAGACUUCAGAUACCAGAAGAACUGACGCUCCUUCAAGCAUACCUUCUUUCAUUAGUUAGUGUCUUACAUCCUUGAGUUUCUACCUGGAUACCAGACUUCUUUCAUGGUUUUUGAAAUGUCUGCAGAGGAAGCCCAGGUAGGUCCUGAACGUUUUUUGUUUUUUUUCUUCAUGUUGGUCACAUGAAAGGCUUAAGAAGUUGGAAAUGUAUUUUCCUAGCUGGCUGGGAAACGAUUUUCCACAGAAUGCUGGUACUUUUCUACGCCACACAAAUCCGGCAUUCUGCUUUCAGUUAAGAUGUCGGCCAAUGUUUCCUCUUCCGUUUUUCACUUGGAUGGUCUUAAUGUUAUGCCAUUAUUUUUGCGUGGAGCACCAUUAUUUCAUUAGUAUUUCAAAUUCCAUGGAAGAAUAGCACCAUUUUGGUUUAAGAAUGAAAGUAUUUUUUGUGUAAUGUCUUGCAGAGGUGAGGCCGGUGUGCUUCCGAAAGACUUGGUCUCCAAUAAACAAAGAUCCUAAAUUGUGGGAGAGAAUGA